AUUCAAUAAAUUUGUUAUUAUCAGUGUUAUCAAUAUUAUUAAUAAUAAUACUUUAUUAUGACCUAUCAUUUAUAUACAGAACACGAAAAAAUACUAAGGUCAAGCAUGAUAAUCAAAAUAGGAAAACAGGAUGAAGAGUAUUUAAAUAUCUAAGGAACUGACACUUUAAAGUAAUAGCAUAAUACAUGUUUUCUCUCUCUCUCUCUCUCUCUCUCUCUCUCUCUCUCUCUUUAUGGCUCCGUAAUUUAUGACGUGCCAGACACGCCACUUUUAUUAUUAACAGAGACUGGUGAGCAAGAAAAAUAUAAACAGUCGCGUAACGUGUCCACCACACUGGAACCACAGGUAGUUUUUCAAACUGGGACUUUCCGUGUUACGGAUAUGACGGCCAAAUUCUGAGAAAGAGAGAGAGAGAGAGAGAGAGAGAGAGAGAGAGAGAGAGACUACGAGGCUGUGGCUCAACACCUAGUGUGCUUCCUACCUAGACAACACUUUGGGCGUCGUUGGCGCGCUCCUUAAUGGCACAGUUGAAGUUACGGGAAAUCAGAUUCAUUGAUUGGUUCUCGGCUCUUGACGAAUCCGACAGAUUUUACACAUUUAGUGAAACUGAUUCAUUGCAAAUAUUUGUUAACAUAAAUAUUCUAUCUUGUCGAGUCAGCCUUUGGCUGCAGCGUCGAAUAUGGUUGUUUUAGAUUCUCGACGCCAUAACGGUGAAAAACAGUUCAGCCUAAUAAAAACCUGAAGGUCACUUCUUUUGAACAUAUACGUGGACGCUAUGUAGGCGGGGUCAAGAUAGUCAACCGCUUUCCUAGACAGCACUUCUGCUUUUUCUUUUAGUACACUACUUACUAGGUCUGAAGACACAGCCACAACGCGCUUCUGUCACGUUCACAUAUCAUUUAACAAUGACUUAACCACUUUUGUCUGUCUCUUAUUAUUUCGUAAGCUUUUUCCAAUUAUAACUAUCAAAAUCUGUGAUAAGUGGGCGGAAAAACAGCGCAAAAUAUUUCCGGGGAACCCCGUGGUGGUUUUAUACCGUGGGUAUAUCACGCAAAAAGUAAUAAGCAUAUCAAUAUGUCAUCAUAACGUACUGUGUUUGGUCAGACAGUUCAUCUAAAACCUCAAUGGCUUCGGGAUCAGCUGUUUCACACCCGUCGUUAAACGGGGCUUCGUCCACACCGGGUGAGAACGAGUACCCGUCGGGUUUCCCUCAGAGCAUCUGCGAUGAGGUCCCGAAGGAGAAGUACUUGUGCAGCAACUGUAAUAAUGUCUUGAAUAAAGCACGUCAAACGGUGUGCGGUCACCGCUACUGCCUCGCGUGCGUUAACUGGCUGGUCAGAAACAACAAGGAUCUUGUGUGCACAAAAUGUAAAGAAGAGGACCCCAGUGUAGAGAAUGACACCAGUGUACUGACUUUUGACCAAUUCUUCAAUGAUGCGGCUAUUAAUAAGGAAAUUUUGGAUCUGAAAGUUCACUGUGCCAACCAAGGCUGCCCCUGGAGAAGCACCCUGAAGAACUUUGAGGACCACCAGAGUCAGUGUGAAUAUGCCCUGAUCCCUUGCAACAUUGGCUGUGGCAUCAUGGUGCAGAGGAAGUCACUGGCUACACAUCUGGACAGUGGUUGUCCCAACAACAAGACCUCGUGUCCCUCUUGUACAGGUGUCCUGACACCAAAAGAACUCCAGGAGCAUGUAUGCCCCGACAAGAAGACGACAAAGACUGAUAAACGGCAAAAGAAUAAUCACCCAGGCAGCUCAAAAAAGAAAGAGCCAUGCAUUUUCUCAGAAGUUGGUUGUCUUUUUAAGGGCAAUACAGACAAAUUAAAAGAUCAUGAAUCCUGCAGCCAUGUUGGCCAUCUACAGCUUCUCUUGGAUGUGACCAGGGCUCUUCAGCGUACCCUGAAUUCUGAUCUUCUUCAGCCUGGACAGUGUGGUGCUUCUCAGAGUGAGGGUGAGACUGAGACCGACAGAGGAGACCCAGGAGUGAGUGAUAAGGCCCUCAGUCUUCAGGACGAUCAGGCUGAACUUGCUGUAGGCCAGCAACUGGAUGUUCUACAGCAGAGGGUGCAGGUCAUGGAGAACAUCAUCUCAGCUUUGAACCGAGAGGUGGAAAAGACACAGAUCAGUGUGGUCGCGCUGGAGAGGGACCAUUACAACAAUCAGCAGCUCAUUCAGCACUUGGAAACCAAGGUAGCGGAACAGCAGCAGAGACUGGUCAGGAAAGACAUUCACAUCACUUCAUUGCAGCAGUGUAUCAGCGCCCAGCAGGCCGUCUCAUAUGAUGGCACCUUUCUCUGGCGGUUGUGUGAUGUCAGCCAGAGUCUGAGAGAGGCUGCCAGUGGCCAACAGAUCAGUCAGUACUCGCCAGGAAGUUUAGGUGUGUCUACUGUCAGCAUGUUGGAAUCGGCCUGUCGGGACGGAUAUCUGAAAGUCAGGUCGGAACCUCUAGAACCCAAGCACCUGCUUCCCAAGAGAGAGAAAACCUGCAGCGAACAGGAGACCAACUUGACCGUGGGCCAGUACGUGUUGUGUCGCUGGUCUGACGGCCUUUACUACCUGGGCAAGAUCCAGAGAGUGAGCACCUCAAAACAGAAUUGCUUUGUGACGUUUGAAGACAACUCCAAGUUCUGGGUGCUUUGGAAAGACAUACAGCAUGCUGGUGUCCCUGGGGAAGAACCCAAAUGCUCAGUGUGUUCUGACAUGUCUUUGGUUCCUGGUAAUGAAAUUCUUAUCUGUGGGAAGUGCGGAAUAGGCUAUCACCAGCUCUGCCACUUGCCCCCAGUGGAGAGCUCAGCUGACCUUUCUCCAUGGUUCUGCAGAAAGUGCAUUUUUGCUUUAGCUGUGAGAAAAGGGGGAGCUCUGAAAAAAGGGCCAAUUUCUAAAGCGCUGCAGGCCAUGAAGCAGGUACUGCCCUAUAAUCCAGAGGAGCUGGAGUGGGACUCUUUGCAUCGUACGAACCAUCAGCAGUGCUACUGCUACUGCGGAGGACCCGGAGAGUGGUAUCUGAAAAUGCUGCAGUGCUUUCGCUGUGAGCAGUGGUUUCAUGAGGCGUGUACGCAGUGCCUACAGGAGUCCAUGAUGUUUGGAGAUAGGUUUUACUUGUUCAUUUGUGCGGUGUGCAAUAAAGGAGUUGAGUACAUCAAGCAGCUGGCGCUCCGAUGGGUGGAUGUUGUCCAUCUCGCCCUUUACAACCUUGGAGUCCAAAGUAAGAAGAAAUACUUUGAACUGGAAGAAAUCCUGACCUUCAUCAGCAACAACUGGGACCAUUUCCAGAUGGGCAAGCUCUCCAACACCCCUCUGUCUGAACGGGGCCAGUAUAUUCUUGAUGCCCUCAACAACUAUAAAAGCAAGUUUCUUUGCGGCAAGGAGAUUAAGAAGAGGAAAUGCAUUUUCCGACUAAGGACAAGGGUCCCUCCUAACCCCCCAUCUAAGUUGUUUCCAGAGAAGGCCCAGAACAGUGAGGGCCACAGGGGCCGCAAAAAAGGGGUCAACAGAAACAGUAGCUCUGUUCCUACAGAAAAGCGGAGGAAGAAGAGGUCCAAGUGGCUGCUAGAGGAUGCUAUUCCUAAUAAUGACCUCACCUCUACCUGGAGCACCAAUCAUCACAUGGCCAACAUAUUCGACUUCACGCUGGACGAGCUGCAGAGUUUGAAGAGCACCAGUUCAGGACAGACGUUCAGUAUGGACCAGGACUCCACCGAUGCAGCCAGUACUUCUGGUUCUGCCACCACCAGCGUCUCCUAUGAUUUCAGGAAAAAUGUGGGCAGUCGGAAGAGGAAGUUGCCCUCCUCUAAUUACACUGCGCUGGCCACAAAACGAGAGAUGGUGGAGCGUGAGCUGAGCCCCAUCAGCAUGCCUGGAGAGGAGAGCAACGUCAUGCUGGAGAACAGCAUUGACAGCCACACCUUUGAGAGCAUCAGCGAGGACGAUUCCUCACUGUCUCACCUCAAGUCUUCCAUCACCAGCUAUUUUGGGGCGGCCGGUCGACUCACCUGCGGGGAGAAGUAUCAGGUUCUGGCUCGUAGGAUCACACCUGAAGGCAAGGUGCAGUAUUUGGUGGAGUGGGAAGGAACUACACCUUACUGAAUAUCACAGAACAGAGGUGUGGAACAGGUGGUCUGCAAAGGAAGAUGACACCCCCCACUCCGUUUUUCUAUUCUGAAAGUCAUAGUUUCGGAGUUCUAGUUUUGUUUUUCUUGUUUUCCACGAACCACAUAUAGUGUUUUUUUUCUGAUUCUCUGGUCUUCUCUCGUGGGACAUUAAAGUGUUUUUUGUGAAGUCAUUUGCAGUGUCCUUUUUAGGGCACUUUAAACAUCACAAACGUCAUUCAGUCUAGUAACGUAUACUAAUUUUACACAGUAUAACGUCAUUAUUAGGUAGCAGAUAAAGGACAGUAUUAUACAACAUGAAGUCGUUUCAGUUUAGUUUUGGGAUUCAAACCGUUUCAGUUCCUGUAAUUCAGAACUUCAAAAUCUGUGUCAGGUUUUGAGUUUAAUGUUCAACCAAAAAUGAACAUUUGCUGAAAAUGUACUCAUCCUCAGGCCAUCCAGGAUGUAGAUGAGUUUGUUUCAAUAUCAGAACAGAUUUGGGGAUAUAUAGCAUCACAUCACUUUCUCAGCAGUGGAUCCUCUGCAGUGAAUGGGUGCCGUCAGAAUGAAAGUCCAAACAGCUGAUAAAAACAUCACAAUAAUCUAGAAGUAAUCCACAUGAUUGCAGUCCAUAAUAUUACAUUCUGUAGUGACGAAGUCGUCCUGUCUGAAUCAGGAGAGAAAUAUGCACAGAUUUUGAUGUGAGCGGACAAACAGGAAUGGAUUUUUUGACGGUUUAAAAGUUAAAAUGCCUUAAUGAUGGAUUUGUUUCUUGCAGCUUUUCACUUCACAAGACAUUAACUGAUUGACUGAAAUCAUGCGGAUUGCUUGUAUUAAUUGUGAUGUUUUAUCUGCUGUUUGGACUCUCAUUCCAGCGGCACCCAUUCACAGAGCAAGUGAUGCAAUGCUUAAUUUCUCCAAAUCUGUUCUGAUGAAGAAACAAACUCGUCUACAUUUUGGAUUGAGGGCCUGAGCUUGAGUACAUUUUCAGCAAAUUUUCAUUUUUUUCUGUGAAUUAUCCCUUUAACGUAUUUUUGCAGAAGCAAAAUAUAGCAAUCUGCACACAUUUGUUUUUUCACCUUAGAUAACAGUGCAGCGGGGGGAGUUUAGCCAUGUUAAAAUGUUAGCACUUUCGUUCUUUCCUGUUCAAAUAUCAGUUUUGAAUUCGAUCUGGGUGAUUAUAAAACCAAAGUGACACAAAUACUGCUUUGAGAAGUAUUUUUCUAUUUUAAAUUCUUCUGUAUGCUCUGGCAUGUCAAAUUGGAGAAACGGUACCUGCUUUGAAAAAGCAAAAUGAAACUGAAAGUGGAAAGUGAUCAUUUGCAUUUAAUUAACAAUAGAAUUUUUUUCUUUUUUCAACAUUUGCCAACAUAUUAAUGUCAAAUCAAUGUUUUUACAUGAUUUCCAAAGAUCGGUGUUAUAUCUGAGAUGGAUCUGGAAGUGGAUACAUGCACUUAUCAGAUGAUUAGAUUGACUGGAAAAUUGAAAGUUAUGUGAAGUUUUAAAGCUGGCAGGUUCUAUAAUUUGACUUAAUUAGUUUUAUAGUACAAAACAUUAUAAAUAUACUUUAUUAUUUACAUGUAUAUAAUUGGAUAUAAUAUUAGCCCCAUUUUAUUAUUGCACUAUUAACAUAUUCUAUCAGCUAUGCAAGCUAUUAUUGGAUAAAUUUACCCUUUUUUAUGUAUAAAAGAUAUUUCAAGUAUUUACUUUUUACUUUUAUAAUAUUUCCCCAAAGGAAAAGCAUAUGUGAAAUUAAAAGUCAACAGUUUUGUCAACAAAACACAAAGAUUGUUGUACUGAUCAAGUUUUUGUAUGUCAACUUGCUCACAUUUCAAGAGAAUAUAUUUUGGUUACAAGUUUAACAAGGUUUAGAAGAGAAACUAUUGCCUUAUCAUAAUAUUAAAAUUAAGGAGUUUUGAUUGCUUUUCUGACAAUUUUCUACACCGCACCCUCAAAGCCGUACAUGAUGAACAUGUAUUUGUCUUUUGGAACAAAAUGUGCAAACUUGCAUGUGUCAUUAUUCAUUCAUUCCUGUUUCAGAAUAUUAAAAGAGUUUGUCAGCAAUAA